CGUUUCGCACUGCGCAUGUGCUGAUUUGAGUGAGGAAGUGCAGAGAGGCUGCUGCUGAAUCACACAGAGACAAAACAACGCGCUGUUUUUGUUAAAUUUAAACAUGCUGCUGUUACAAACCUCAUAAACUCAACAACAGUGUUUCAAAACGGCUUACAAUGGUCCCUACAGACUUUAAAGCCCUGAUCCAGAGGUUUUACCAUCUUCAGUCUGAGCGGGUUGAGACCUAUCGGCUCUUUGAAGAAGGACACGAGGCCUACUUGAGGACAGGACCCCAGUAUGACUUUGACCACUACAGGCAGCUGGUCCAUGAGAUAACGCAGGCCUUCUGCGGCAUCUCCAAGGAAGUGCUGGAGAUCAAGGGGAAGCUGCACCACGACCUUGACAGACCAGACCUUUCUGAGCACAUUGAGAAGCUGCAGAGCAAAGAGAAGCAGAAACUUGAACUGACAGCCAAGCUGCAGCUGGCCAGGCAGCGGGCCCAGGAUCACCCCGAGGACGAGGGCUGUCAAGAAAAUAUUCAGGAGAUCAAGCACGAGAUCAUCAAGACCAAAGAGGCUCUGAGUGAAAUCAUGCAGGACUUUAAGUAUGAUUCAGAGGAGUGUGAUUGACAGCCCCAUUCCCAGAGGGCCUUGCUUCGCCCGCAUCACGAGACGAGUCGAGCUGACGGGUUCCACUCCGCUCUGCUGCUGCAACUUCCAUCUUGGACUCCUCGGCUGCAUGUAUCGAUCUCCCCCCCGGCUCCACCCUGCUCACUGCUGCAGUCUUAUUCCACCGAGGGGGCUCUUCGCAUUCUGUGUGUUUCUAUCCGGACUCGUGUAGUUUGUGUUAAUGCAUGGCUCAGCAGAAAACAAAAAGAAAAAAAGAGGGGAAACAAGAAAAAAAUCUGCUUGUUCUGUGAUGAAACUUCCUUGAAAGCUGAAUCUGAAGAUGCUCAUCCAGCUAUCUUUGUGGUAAAUUGUAUUUUUUUUAAAAUAAAGACACUUUACAAGACCAGAUUUACUUCUAACCAACAUAUGCUGCUCUUUACAUUAUACACAGUAUAAGAAUAUAAGUUAAAAAGACUCAACAUUCCCUUAAAUAUGCAGGUACAAAAAUAAAAGCAGUUACAGUCUGAGCAGUACAGGACAGUAUGUACAUCCAGGGAUUUCAUUACUCAAACCAGCAUCUGUUUAGGUAAAUCUGUAAGUCAUGCUUCAUGUUUGAUUACUGGCCGUUAACAAUGCUGCAGAUUCAUUUCUUUCUCCCUGAACUGUUCGGCUCCUAGUGAUGAGAUAAUCUGCGGAUAAUGAGCCAUAAACUGUUAUAAAAAUGAUAAUUUCAGGCGAUUAGAUUUGCUUGAAGAACAAGUGUUUAUCUUGUAUUAAUGUGAAAAUUUGAAGUGUUAAAUUAACUUUUGAGAAUAAACUUGCAGUUACUGAUG